AUGUAAAAAUUAUCUUUGGAGCAACAUUUGAAUGGACUUGAAAGGGAAGCUUAUUCUUAUAAAUGCAAGAUCAAAGAACUUGAUAAGUAUUCAUAUUGAGCUUUGUAGGGUGGUUAAUCAAUAGAGUGGGAUUAUAGAACUAUAAUAAUAAAGAAUUAAUGAGUUGGAGGAAAUUAAUAUUGAUUUGAAUAACAAACUGUUUAAGGUGGGCGAAGAGAAAAAUGAGAUUCAGGAAAGCAAAAGUAUCUUGGAAACAUAAAUACGAAAUUUAUAGGAGUAAAUUUUACAUACAAUAUAAUGCACGGAUGUAUUUAUUUCAUUAAAAGGGCCAAUAGUAGUCGUAAUUAGAAUACGAUUUGAAAAAGGAAAGGAAUCUGACAACACAAUUAGAAAAGGAGAUUUAAAUAUUAAGAAGCUAAUUGGAGCAUUUGGAAUUGGAGCGCUAAAAAUUGGAUUAGGAAUUGAAGACAAAGAGUUUAAAUUAAGUAAUAUACAUUAACAACGAUGCUUUGACUAAUGUGUUACAGAAUUACAACUAAUAUUUUGAGAACUUCAAUAAUGAAAAGCAAUAAUUACUAAAUUAGAUACAAUAUUCUAAGGCUUUGGAAGAAAAGACAAGUAAAUAAGAUUUCUAUAAUUAGAAAUUGAGAAUCAAAAGCGAAUUGAUAGAUUACAAAUGAUAAUAAAAAAUGCAGAAGAGAAAAAAAGGGCCUUGGAAGAGGAAAUAAUAAAUUUGAAGAAUGACAAUGAGAAUUACAAGAAGAACUUGGAGAAUCAAAAUAAACAGAUGUAGGAAUAAGAGAAAGUAAGAUUAGAAUUUGAGAAGGAAGCGUUAGCAAAAUAAUAGUAGAAUGAAAUUUAACUAUUGGAUUAACAAGAUCAGAUUGCAAAGUUGUAAUAAAAGAUAAAUUCAUCCAAUUCUAUGGUUUUUGAUAUGGUGAAUCUGAUAAUUCCAUCAGAUAUGGAAGAAUUGAUAGAAACUAAAUAGCUUUUGUUGAAGUGCGAGGAAGAGUUGAAAGAAUUGAAGGAGGAAAACAAAAAGGAGAGGUAAGACAAGAAGAAACUGUAAGAUUUGGUGGAGAAGGAAUUGCCGUUUGUGAAACAAAGGAAACAAGAAUUCGAAUAGUUGAUGGCUAUUUCUUAGCAAUAGAAGAAAAAAUUAGAGGUGGAGAUUAGCUUAAAUAGAAAAUUAAAAGAAACUUAAAAUCAAUUAGAAAUCGAACUAUAAUAACUGAGAUAGAAGGAGGAAAUUCAAAAUAUUGAACUUAUUUAAUUAAGAUCUGAAAACCUUGCUAGAAGAACUUAGAUUUAGGAAUUAUCUGUUAUGGAUCUUUUAAAGAAUCAACCCUAAGUUUAGAAUACUGAUGGUUAGGUAUUGAUAAAAUAGUUAUGCCAUGAGAAUGAAUAGUUGAAAACAUAAAUUUAGUAGAUCUUAAUUAACUAGCAAUCUUAUAAUCGCCCAACCAAUUAAUGGGAAGCAAUCUAGUAGGAGAAUUUGAAUCUCAAGUACGUUUUAAGUACGAAGGAGGAUGAGAUUACGAAUUUGAAAGAGAGGGUUAGCAUAAUGACUUAGGAGAAGGCUUUGGGAUAGAUUAUCAAUAAUAAGGUUGAGCCAAUUGUUCAUAAAAUUGAAAGUAAUUCUCAUAUUCAAAUUAGAAAUCAAGGUUAGAACUGAAAAGCAGUAAAGUUUAUUAAACGAAUUCAGGAAAUAGAGGAUGGAGAAGCGCAAAUUGGAGUUUAGAAUAGAGGAAUUGGAAUUUGAGAUAUCUAAAUUGUAAAGUCAAUAUUAGUUGGAGAGGUAGCAGAAGGAUUUCUUAGAGAGGAGAUUGACUUAGUAAAAGGAGGAAUUUGGAAGGAAGAAAGAAGAAUUUAGAAAGAGGUAUGAGGAGUUUGAAAUAAAAAUAAAUGAGUUACAAUAAGAAAUGAGUUUGAAAUCUGUAACUCAGGAACAUAUUAAUUAUUAUUAACAAAAUCAAAUUUUGUUUUAGCAAAACAAGAAGAAUAAGCAAUUAAUAAUUUAGUAGCAUGAGGAAAUCAAAAAUUAUGCAAUAGAAAUAUAAAGAUUGAGAGAGGAAUUACAUUAAAAGGAUAGAUAAAUUAAGGAGUUGGAAGGAGGAGAUUAGAGAGGAGAGGAAAAUUAGAAGAUAUUACAAAUGAAGAUUUAAAGUGAAAACGAUAAAAUUACAAUUCAAGGAUUAUAGGAGUAGAUACAUUAAUUAAUAAAAGAGAAGGAGGAUUUGUAUCAUCAAUUUUUGAUCCAGAAAUAGAGAUCUGAAUAAGUCUAAAAGAACCAAAAUAAUGAUCAAUCUUUAUCGGAAUUGAAGAAGAGCACUGAAUAAUUGUAAAGUAGGAUGCAAUAAUUGAAGGAGGAGUCACAAAGAAGGAUUCAAUAAUUAGAGAUAGAAUAUUAAAAUAAACUUGGAUAGAAGUAGGACGAGAUAUCGUAAUUGGAAUAGGAAAUAUUGGAACUUAGAAAGGCACUGGAGGAUUCUAAAAAUUAAUACAAAUAAGAGAAGUUAAAAUAAGUUAACAAAUCUGAAUUGAGUUUAAAUGAGAUUCAAGACUUGAAGGAACAAUUGUCUUAGACGACUAAAGAAAAAGAUCAGCUAUUGAGAAGGAAAUAAAUGAUUGAGAAAAAGGACACAGAUUUGAAAGUAAAGGAAGAGUUAAUUAAUGCGAGGGAAUAAAAAAUAAAUGAAGAGUAGGUUCAAUUUGAAUAGACCAGACUAAAAUAGACUUAAGAGAUAUAGGAAUAAAUAUCAAUCCAGAAGAACAAGGAAUUGUCAAUAAUAGCAUGUGAUUAUAUUUUAAGUCGAGAACUGGAUAAGUAUAAGGAGAGACUUCUUCAGGAGUAGAGUAAAGUAAAUGAAUUAUUAUAACAAUAACAAAUACAAUAAAGCAGUCAAGAGAAUGACUUUAAUAAUGAGAGAUAAAGUUGGAAUGGCAUUGUAGAAUAAAAGUUUGAUGGUCAGGAGUAGGAGAUGAGAAAUGAAGAAAACAAGGUCAAUAAAGGGAUGUAGAUUGAGGAACAAUAGGUUUUGGAGGAAGAAAGACAAAUAGAUUAAUAAGGUGUUUAGGAGAAGGUGGGAUCAAAUGAAGCAGGAUAAGGGGCGGAUAUUAUCUAAAAUGGUAAAUUAUUUGCUUAUUUAGAAAAAGUGAAAUAGAAUCAAGAGGAGUAGAAGGACAAGGCUGAAGAGAUAUGACUGUGAUUUCAUAAAUGUAUUUUUAC